UCGGAUGGAGCACAGAAGGCGGACUUCGUCCCCAGUCGAGUCCUCUUCAGACUAGGUAGUAUAGUGAUGAUCCCAUCCCGUUCGUUCUCUACUAACGCUCCUUCUUUGAAUUCAAGUCUCUCUUUUUCCCAUUCUUCGCUAGCGACGUCGAGUGUCGUCUUGCACCAAGCCGCAAAAUAGUGUUUUUUUCUACCGCACUUUUGCGUGUUUCUGACCAUGAUCUCUAUACGGUCUUUACCUCUAUCUUUUCUUUUCCAUCUAGCGGUCUUCAGACCCGCUAAGGCAGAUACAAAGCCCAUUGCGGCGAAAUGGUCCAGCUCGACGUUUGGACCUGAUGGUCCUUGGCCAGCGAUUGAAGUCAAUUUGGGUUAUGGACAGAAGAUAUCGUUAUAUCCGGGGCGAGAAUUCCAAACCUUUCUCCUGACAAGCGAUUAUUGCAGCCAGAACACAUCAAUUCCCUGCUAUGCUAAUCAAGCCGGACAGUACAACGAUGCUCAGUCGCAGGUGGAUACUACGGGAUCGACCGGUCAAAUUCAAUUUCGGUCAAGUCCAGCCUAUAUGCAGGGUGUUGAUGUCUUGGGCGAAAUGACAAAGUCAUGGGUUGACUCGAUGGAAUUCGGAGGUACGAAGAUAGCGAAUGUCUCUUUGGCUUUGUUGAGCGGAUCGUAUAUGGCUUAUCCGAAUGGCCAGUGGUAUCCUUUGACCGUAGGUUGCUUGGGGAUAGGGGCACCGGCAACAGUUAACCAAAGCUUUUCGAACAACUUUGGGCCACCCAUCAACGCCAGUCUCGUUCCUGGAUAUCUGUGGUCACACAACACCAUCGCCUCUAACUCCUUCGGUAUGCAUAUUGGGUCGGCAAACCCUCGGAUGUCGGGGUCGUUCUACUUCGGCGGUUACGAUCAAAAUCGAAUUGUAGGAGAUGUUCUUACGUACUCGGACGAUUACACGAAGGAAAUCACCUUAAAAGACAUUGGUAUCAAAGUAAUAGAUGGCUCUUCACCGUGGGAGUUCGAGUCUAUGGGAGGUCUCCUUGCAGCCGAUAACUCGUCCAUUACUUCCGGCGGUAUUCAAGUCUCGGUCGAUGGUUGCUCGCCUUACAUAUCGCUCCCCAAGUCGACGUGCGACGCCAUCGCGAAGAACCUACCCGUGACGUAUAACAAAGACCUCGGCCUAUACUUCUGGAAUACCGAUGAGCCAAAAUACACGCAAAUCGUGAACUCGGCAUCUGUUCUCGAGUUUGUUUUUUCAGGCAACUCAAACACGAAAAACGUUUCCAUCUCUGUUCCCUUUCGGCAUUUGAAUCUCACGCUGACGGCACCGUUGAUUGAUAAACCAGUGCAAUAUUUCCCAUGCUAUACGGGACCUUCUCAUACGUAUACUCUUGGCCGUGCUUUUCUCCAAGACGCAUUCGUCGGUGCGAAUUGGGGCACCAAACAGUGGUGGCUUGCCCAAGCCCCUGGUCCCAAUAUACCCGGCCCAUCUGUUGUUGAACUAGCAAACGACGGUUCCAUCAAGGCUAGCUCGAACGACUGGAAGGAAUCAUGGUCAGGAUCAUGGAAAGCUCUUAGCCCUAGUGAUGUAGAGAGCUCGGCCACCGUGAGUGUUCCUAGCGCAACUAAUACAGCUGCCGAGGAAAUCGCUGUCUCAAGAGAGGGUCUUUCGACUGGAGCCCAGGCCGCCAUUGGGGUAUGUGUUGGUGUCGCAGGCCUAGCACUGAUCGGUGCCCUUGCCUUCUUUUUCCUACGCCGUCGCAAGGCACGUACUCACGAAGGACCGGCUCCUACUACAGCUUCUGGCACUCACGAUUCACCCGAGCAAGGAUAUUACAUGCCUGUCAAAAACCCUAGCUCGCCAGGUAUAUCGGAGAUGUCUGCAGCAGCCCCAGGGCAACCGCCAAAUAUGAUGAUGUAUAAUCAACAGCACCCGCAACAAUAUGCACAACCGUAUGCACAACCAUAUCCCCAAUCAUAUCCCCAGCAAUAUCCACCACAAUAUUUACAACCAUAUGGGCAACCGUACAGCGCCGAAUUGCCUGCUACCGCGAAUGCGCCAACAGAGCUACCUGGGUCAGGAACGUAUGAUCCGCAGCUACUUGAUGGAACUCAAGUUCAGGGUCAAGUAUCACCACUCCAAAGCAGCGCUCCACAACAAUCACCGCAGUCACCACCGCAAUCACCGAACCAUAGCACGAAUCAACCACCCAGCCAGGGACAACAGGGGCAAACAUGAUACCGACCUUACGGGAGCCAAAUGCGUGAAAUGGACUUGGGCAUUAAAAUUUAUUCGGCAGUUGAAUCCAUGUUACACCAUUCUAAUAUUCCAGGGAUUUCCUUGUUCUCUUUUCAUCUUGGAGUUGGAUAAAAUUCGCGCACAAAUGCGCGUGUCAGAUCGGGAGGGAGGCGAUGAGCGGCCAUUGAUACAAUUUAGUUAUACGUUGUUU